CAAUGAGUGUUAGGGAUAGAAUAACAGAUGAAAUUAAAGAAUUUAUCCUAAAUCGUGGCAGGUGGAAACCACCUAUUUCACCUAGAGAAGAUGGUUGGUUUAUUGAUGCAUCUCAACCUAAACAAAGUGAUGUUACAUUAGAAGCUCAAACACACAAUAAUAAUAUUGAUGACUUUGAAAAUAAUAUAAUUCCUCCGACGGGUGAAAUUUUUGAUGAAUUGGUUGAUUCAUCAAGUGUAUCAGUCCCAGAACAUUUACUUGUAAGACAAGAAAAUCUUGAAGAAGAAGAUCUUAAAGAAUUAAAGGAUUAUUUUGAAUUUGCCAAAAACAUUCUAACACAACGAAAACAAGUUCUUGAUUAUUCAGAAACUGCGGAAAACACCCAUAUGAGAGGAGUCCGUUUAAAAGAUGAAUUGAUCGAAGAAGAAAAUCAUCCACGUGGUGGAUCAGUGGAAAAGGAUUAUAUUGCACGUGUUAAUGAACUCAACAAUCGAGUUGAAGCUUCUUGGAAUUCAAUGGCUGAGAAAAUUCUUUAUCCAGAACAUGAAAGUCAUGACCCAUCCGAAAAUGAUAUUGUUCGUGAAGGUGUCGCCGCCUACCAUAAGAAUUUACAAGGUUUACUUCAAGAAACAGAAGAAGCAUUAAAAAAUUAUCAACGUGCUUUAAGAUUUGUCAAAAUGGCUGAAGAGUAUAAAAAGGAAGCUGCUAGAUUGGAAAAAUGGCUUACCAAAAAGGAUGAUUUUGUCAACAAUCGUAAAUUUGACGUGUUUCAAGAGCCUUGUAAAUUCACUGCCAAAGAUGUAGAGGAUUAUGUAUCUGGAAAUGCUCAAAUCGUAAUGGAUGUUCAUAAUUUUGAUAAUGAUGAACUUAAAGUUCUUCAUGCAAAAGUUGCUGAUUUAGUUGCUGAAAUAAAAUCUGUCGGAACAAAAUGUGUUAAUACCGAAGAACUAGAUAAUAUGAUGUCCAACCUAGAUACAAAACUUAAUGUACUUCAAGAUGAUAUUCAACUCUUACGUCAACGUGAACCUGACGAAGUAGAUGCUGCACAAAAACGACUCGUUUGGGAAGAUUCAUAUAAAGAAUUUCGUCCAUUUGUUGAUACCUCUCUAAAAGAAUCAAAGGAUUUUAUUGCAUCCAAAGCAUCAUGGAAACUUAACACUCCUGAAGAUAAAUCUUUACGCGAAGAUCUCGAUCAGGAAUAUUCUGCAUUCAAAGAAAAAGUUGAAACUCAUUUACAAACUUUUGAAACUGAUCAUAAGUCUAAAUAUGACGCAUUUAUUGAAGCUAGUGAAAAAUUAACUGAUAAAGACCGCAGGAAUAACAUUGAAAAACGUCAAUCUAAUCUUGAAAAUGAUGCAAAUAAACUUAAUGAACAUGUGUAUUAUACCCGUGAUCUCUUGGAUCAACGUGCUGCUGCUGUUGAGUAUAAUUUUGAAGCGACAGCUUUGGAUAAAGUUGCAACUGAAAUUAAAAAUAAUUUGAUUGAAGCAGAGAAAAAUGUUUCAAAAGGUCCUAGUGAAAUUGAUUUUGAAACAAAUCUUAAAGACUUUAACCAAAAUGUUAAAACAUUAUGGGAAGAGCAUGGGUCAAAAAUUCCAUAUCCUACAAGUCCUAUAAUGAAUGAAGUAAAAGUUACUAAAAAUACAGUUAUUAAAGAAGCUGCUCAAAAACGACUUUCUUCUUUGGAGUCUAUGG